GAAACCCUUCUAGCCCUGGCCAAAGCGGUCGCUAAUGCUACGGCCUCGCUGGUCCUCAAAGCCAAGUCAGUGGCCAGUACAACAGAUGAACCCAUUCAGCAGGACCGGGUGAUUUCCUCCGCCACCCAAUGUGCCCUGGCAACUUCUCAGCUUGUCGCCUGCACCAAGGUGGUUGCUCCGACAAUAGGCCACCCAGCUUGCCAGGAGCAGUUGAUUGAAGCUGCCAAGUUGGUGGCCAGAUCUGUGGAGGGAAUCGUGGAGACCUCUCAGGCAGGAUGUCGGGAUGACUAUCUCCUGCAGGAUCUAGGUUCGGCUGCUACCGCUGUCACUAAAGCUCUCAAUGAUCUGCUUCUGCACAUCAAAAAGGCAGCUCAUCCUGCAAACGCCAACGAGCAACACGAAGAUGCAGUCGACACAAUCAUCAAUGUCACUGACCGCUUGUUUAGUUCUACCGGAGAUGCUCAUGAAAUGGUCAGACAGGCCAAGCAGUUAGCGCAGGUAGUUUUCAAAUCAAUAGCCUGCCUUUUCAUUUUGCACAGCCCAAAUGACUCUGAUCAGCAGCAGAUGCUAAGAAUAGCGGCUGAGGAGUUGAGGUCAGCUACUAACAUAGCUGCCAGCAAUGCUCUGAAGAGACGGCUAAUGACUCGCCUGGAGACAGCGGCCAACCAGGCAGCUACAGCAGCGACCCAACUGAUCAAUGCCUCUAAUCAAGCAUAUAAAACCAACCUCAAUCCACAGUCCAACCAGCAGAUGGCUUCCGCAGCAACGGGUCUGGACCAGCAAAUCCCAACUCUUGUGCAAACCCUGCGCACCGUUCAGCGCCGCCCAGACAGUGCAACAGCACACCGACUGAUUUCAGCUUCCACUGCUGCGGCUCCUACUGUUUCAGAUCAGUCCGCCGCUCUUAACCUGCACAAUGCUGCCAAGAACAUGUCCAAUGCUGUGGCAGAACUGAGAUUAGCUGCCAGUAGGGCUCAAGAAGCGUGCACAUUUCUGGAGAUCGACAGUGCCCUUGAUCAGCUGGCGGAUCUGGACCAGGACCUGACUGACAUCAAGCAUGCAGCUCUGACAGGCCGACUGACACGACUUCCUGGGGAAACAGCGGAACAGUGUUCAUCGCAACUGGGAACCAUUUCCAAGACCGUUGGAGCAUCUUUGGCCCAGCUACUGACAGCUGCUGCACAGGGCAAUGAGGAUUAUGUUGGUAUUGCAGCCCGGGACACGGUCAAUGCCCUGAAAAUUAUGGUCAGUUCUGUCCGGGGUGUUGCAGCAACAACUGAUGAUAAACAGGCCCAGCAAGAAAUCAUAGAUAAUGCAAAGGAGGUGAUCAGACAGUCUAUCCGUCUGCUGGAGGAAGCCAAGUAUGCCAUGGAUGAUCCCAGGAACCCAGACAAUCAGCAAAGACUAUCACAGGUUGCCAAAUCUAUUUCACAUGCCCUGAACAACUGCAUCAGCUGCCUGCCUGGACAGAGGGACAUAGACAAUGCAAUCAGACUUAUCACUCAGAUCUCACAGAGUCUGACCAAUCCUAGGUUCCCGCCCACAGACCGGUCCUAUCAGGAUGUUCAGAAUGACAUGAGCAAUUCUGCAGCCAACUUGAACCAGGCCGCCAGUGAUGUGGUAGGGUCCAGCAGAGUGUCCACCCAACACCUGGCACAGUCAUCCACUAGAUACAGCGAACAUUAUGAAGAGUUUGUACACACAGGCCUGACACUGGCUGGACUGUCCAGAGACCAGGAGAACCAAAACCAAAUUGUUGGGGGUCUCAAGAGUGUCUCCAUCGUGUCCAGCAAACUUCUUCUGGCGGCCAAAUCUGUAUCUGCUGACCCCAAUGCUCCCAAUGCCAGGAACCUUCUUGCCCAAGCUGCCAGAGCUGUGACAGAAAGCAUCAACCAACUAUUUAGUAUCUGCACACAGUCGGCUCCUGGGCAGAAGGAGUGUGACAAUGCACUCCGGCAGAUUCAGAUGAUUGCCAGUAUGUUGGACAACCCCAAUGAGCCAGUCAGCGACUUGUCCUACUUUGAAUCCUUGCAGGCAGUUAUGGAAAAAUCCAAGGAUCUGGGCGAUGCCAUGACUGGUAUUUCCAACCAUGCCCAGAGAGACAUGGAUGACUUCUGUGAUUCUGUGAGGAAUUUUGCUAACUCUGUCUGUGGCUUGACCGAGGCGUCUGUGCAGGCUGCAUACCUUGUUGGCAUAUCUGACCCAGCCUCUGAGCCAGGACGUCCAGGAGUUGUUGACCAAAGUCAGUUUGCUCGUGCUAACCAGGCAAUACAGAUGGCCUGCCAGAAUUUAACGAAUCCUACAAGUUCUCAACAACAGGGUAGGGACACUCAAGCCCAGUAUUAUGCUUCUUGGAGUUUACGGUCCAUGGUGCUGUCAGCAGCAACAAUUGUUGCCAAACACACGUCCUCGCUGUGUAACUCCUGCCGGCUAGCAUCUUCUAAAACAGCCAACCCUGUAGCCAAGAGGCAUUUUGUGCAGAGUGCUAAAGAUGUGGCCAACAGUACAGCCAAUCUAGUCAAAGCCAUCAAGGCUUUGGACAGUGACUUCACAGAAGAGAACAGACAGAGAUGUGCAGAGGCUGCCCGGCCGUUACUGAGUGCAGUCGAUGAGCUGACAACAUUUGCUUCCUCGCCAGAGUUUGCCAGCAAGCCAGCAAAGAUUAGUGCCCAGGCUCGUCUAGCUCAAGAACCAAUCACACAGUCGGGCAAGGCCAUGAUUGAGGGCGCCUGCAACAUGCUGCUAGCAGCAAAACAGUUGGCCGUCAAUCCAAAAGACCCUCAGACCUACCAGCUGUACUCUCAUCACUCUAAAAGUGUCUCAGAGUCUAUUAAGAAGCUUGUGGCCAACAUCAAAGAUGGAGCGCCAGGUCAGCAUGAGUGUGACAAUGCCAUAGAGCAUCUGAACAUCAUCAUCAGAGAAGUUGACCAGGCUUCCCUCGCUGCGGUCAGUCAGAAUCUCCGACCGAGGGAUGAGAAGUCACUGAAAGCCUACCAGGAACAGAUGAUUAACAGUGCCAGGGAGAUCUUGGAUAGGAUAGACCUCAUCAGGCAGGCUGCCAAGGAGGAGCCACAAAAUUUAGGCCAUUUGGUGUCCACCGUAUCUUCAUACUUCGAACCUCUGGCACGGUCGGCUAUUGGCAGCGCUAGCAGGACAGUGAACUCCAAACAACAGAUGAAUAUUCUGGAUCAAACCAAGACAGUGGCAGAGUCGGCUCUCCAGUUUAUGUAUGCUUGUAAAGAGGGCGGGGGUAAUCCUAAGGCAACCCACACUCAUGGUCCUAUCGACAACGCUGCUGAUGAUAUGAAGGACGUCCUCCAGGACCUGCUCCAGACCAUGGAGGAGGCUGCCUCUCGGGCAGGUUUGGUGAACAGCAUGAUUGACACAAUUACACAGUCUAUCACCAGGACUGAGGAAAGAUACACGGACAGAACGUCCAUUGUGGAACACUUGUCAUUUGUUGAUCAUCAGACCAACAUGGUUCGCUUGGCUAAACAGAUUGCCAGGACAGCUCAAGAUAUGAUCGCCAAAUCCACAACAAAUGUAGGACAGCUGGGUGUUUUGGCUAACCAGUUGACGAGAGACUACACGGCUCUAGCUAAUGCUUCCAUUGGUGCAGCUGCUGCAUGUAAUAACAUAGAGAUUGGCAAUAGGAUUCGAACUACAGUGCAAGACCUUGGCAAGUCAUGUAUAGAGCUUGUACAGGACGCUGGCAACCUACAGGCCAACCCAUCCGACCAGUACACACAGCACGACCUGACUGAACACGGCAAAAAUGUUCAGGAACACGUGUCAUACGUGCUGGCAGCCCUGCAGGCCGGCUCACGAGGCACCCAAGCUUGUAUCCACGCAGCCAGCACAGUCAGUGGCAUCAUUGGCGAUCUGGACACAACCAUCAUGUUUGCUGCGGCCGGCACACUUAAUGAUGAAGAUUUGAACUCCUUUGCUGACCAGAGAGAAAACAUCUUGAAAACAGCCAAGGCUCUAGUAGAAGAUACAAAGACACUGGUUGCUGGAGCGGCUUCCAACCAGGAACAGCUGGCAGUGGCUGCCCAGUGUGCGGUGAAAACCAUCACCAGGUUGGCUGACGUUGUCAAGCUGGGAGCUGCAUCUCUGGGCUCAGAACAGUCUGAAGCACAAGUGUUGCUGAUCAAUGCUGUGAAAGACGUGGCCUCAGCACUGACCGAUCUGAUUAGUGCCACCAAGAAUGCAUCAGGCAAGAGCAUCCAAGACCCAGCUAUGCUGACAUUGAAAGAUUCUGCAAAGGUGAUGGUGACGAAUGUGACCUCACUGCUGAAGACAGUCAAGACAGUGGAAGACGAAGCUGUCCGAGGAACUCAGGCUUUGGAGUCCACUAUUGAAGCUAUAAGCCAAGAAAUCAAGGCUUUUGACAGCUCAGAUGAGGUGACGAAGACAGCAACCGCUGAGGAUCUGAUCCGAUGUGCUAAACCAAUCACAACAGCCACAGCCAAGGCUGUAGCAGCCGGCAACUCCUGUAGACAGGAGGAUAUCAUUGGUGCUGCCAACAUGGGACGCAAGGCCAUCUUUGAUUUAAUGAGUGUCGUCAAGGGAGCAGCAGCGACGGCAGAGACAUCAGAAAUCAAACAAAGGGCUAUGAAUGCUGGAAGGACAACAGCAAUGUCUUACAAAGAGCUCUUGCAGCAAGUCUUGCAGGUUGUACUAAAACCCACUCAGGAAGGGAGACAAACUCUGGCCCUCAUUUCUCGCAAGGUGGCCAAUGCAGUUACAGAACUUGUCCAGUCAGCAGAAGCCAUUAAAG